AUGACCUGGUCUGAUAAAAAGUUCGGACCUGAUGGCCCUUGGCAAGCGGUCACGGUGUCCAUCGGAAGCAACUACUCUGAACUUGUUGUGCCUUCAUCGGUAGUGGCGUUGUACCCGGGAGGUAGUUGGGAAAGUAAAAUCCUACUACCUUCCAUAUGUGACAACAAGUCCCUCUCGUCGGUGUGCUAUAGGGAUAAAGCGGGUCUUUUUGACAGCGACGUAUCAGUCACCUUGGACAAUAACUCAAUUUCAUUGCCUCCAUAUGGAGCAUGGGGUUAUGUGGACUGGGGAUAUACGGACGCAGUUCCAGUUUAUGCCAAAGCACGACGAGGAACAGAUUGGAUAACCAUUGACGGUGCUCACGUUCCUGCUGUCGACUUGAUUAUCAUAUCUGCUGGAUGGCAGACUUACCCUGGUGGACAAGCAUACCCUUUACAAGUUGGGACCCUUUCUCUUGGAAGUCCAGAUAUUAAUCAGACAUUUGGGGCUUCGAUCAAAAUCAACGCGACCUUCAUCACCAGCUACCUCUACGAGCAGGAGGGGUCCACGAAAAUACCAUCAUAUUCCUAUGGAAUGCAUAUUGGCUCCGCAUCUCUGGGAAUCCCUGGCUCACUUCAUCUGGGAGGUUAUGAUCAGAAUAGGGUCAUUGGAAACGUGUCCGCUCAGUCGUUUUCAAGUGGAAGCUUCCCGAUCGAAAUGUACGAUAUGAGUAUUGGAGUGGCAGAAGGCGGAUCGCCUUGGAAUUACUCCAACAAAACAGGUCUCUUGGCAAAGGGAAAUUCCUCCCUGGAUGCCGGUCUCAAGAUUGUUGUGGACCCAGUCAACCCAUACAUAUAUCUGCCUCGAAGCACAUGUGAUGCGAUAGCCGCUGAGUUACCCGUCAUAUACCAACCUGAUUAUGGCCUCUAUUUUUGGAACACAUCCGACUCGCAGUACGACAAAAUUGUGACCUCUCCAAGUUAUGUGGCAUUCACGUUUAGCAUGAAUAGCCGCAAUAACGAAGACAUCACGAUCAAGGUCCCCUUCGCUCUCCUAAAUCUCACACUAGAGGCCCCGCUUGUGAAGACGCCGAUGCAAUACUUCCCAUGCAUGGCCACCAACAGCACCCCUGCUCUAGACCGCGCUUUUCUCCAAGCAGCCUUUGUCGGCGUUAAUUGGCUUGGUGGGAAGUGGUUUUUGGCCCAAGCACCAGGACCUGAUGGCUCUUUUAUUGUCAAUACAGUGACAAUAGGGGACAAUGAAUCCACCAUUUCGGGGUCUUCCAACAGUUGGAAAAACACCUGGAAGAACACCUGGAAUUUGAUUCCUACAAAUUCGAACUCGAAAACGACCAAGAUGGAUACCGAAACAAGCAGCUCAACUACUGGCAGCAAUGGUCUCUCCACAGCUGUCAAGAUUGGCAUCAUCGUUAGUUGUACUGUAGGCGGCGUGUUGAUGAUUGCUAUUUGUUGUGGGCUCUGCAUUCGCCACCGUCGACAGCAGGAGAAAUCGCUCAAUCGGGAUCAGAAUAAUGCAGCCAACGGGCGAUUUGACCAAUGGUCUUCAGCACAUCAAUCGACGCUUGUGGAAGCUGCCGAUAAUAAAUGGAACCGACUAAAUGAAUUGCACCACAGCCACCAAAUAUACGAGAUGCGCUCGGAGAGAGGUCCUUUUUAUGAGAUGGGCCCAGAGAAAGGUCCUAUAGUUGCAAUCGGUCAUAAAAAGGUAGUUCAGCAUGGCCGCUUCGAGUUGCCAGAGCAAACGUCCGUCUUCGGGUCUUCUAAAUUUAUCUGA